AUGCCGGCGGGUCACGGCCUGAGAGCGCGCACCAGGGAUCUGUUCGCCCGGCCGUUCAGGAAGAAGGGUCCUACCCACUUGUCCACGUACCUUCGUGCAUACAAAAUCGGCGACUAUGUCGAUGUGAAGGUGAACGGGUCGAUCCACAAGGGUAUGCCCCACAAGUUCUACCAUGGCCGCACAGGACGCGUCUGGAACAUUACCAAGCGGGCUAUCGGGGUUGAAGUCAACAAGCAGGUUGGCAACAGAAUCAUAAGAAAGAGGAUACACGCUCGUGUUGAGCAUGUUCAGCCCUCGAGGUGCCAUGAGGAGUUUCUGCUGAGGAUAAAAAAGAACGACCAGUUGAAGGCGGAGGCAAAAUCACAGGGCAAAAUUAUCAGCACGAAGAGGAAGCCAGAAGGACCGAAGCCCGGUUUUAUGGUGGAAGGUGCCACCAUAGAAACUGUAACUCCCAUUCCUUAUGAUGUGGUCAACGAUCUCAAGGGUGGUUAUUGA